AUGAAAGAGAAACAGUUUUGCAGGUUGGCUAUUGAGUAUUUACCAGCAACUCAUGACAUCAAUGAUCAGAUUUUAUUAAAGAAAAUUAACAUUCUGUUGCGAGACAAUAAAGCAACUGUCAGAUUCACAACAGAUGAAAUACAACUGGUUAUGAAGAAAUUAAAAGAAGCUUGUGUUUAUCAGAGAAAAGAAAAGUUUCAAUAUUUAAUGCAGGACCUGACAUUAUUCUGUGUAAAUGACAACAAUAUUAGUCUGAUUUGCUCAUACAUAAGUCUAAAAUGUUUACGUUAUGCACAAACAACACUAAAAGACGAAUUGCUUAUGCUGAUUAGCAAACUUAUGUCAAACAUAGAGUUCAUGCACAAAAUAGCAGGGGAUGAAAGGCUUAUGGGAAAAAAUGGAUUUGAUAAAUCAUUAAAAAAAGAAAUUAAAAAGAAAAGCAGAGAAUUUUUUAUACAUGGAAAAACAAACGAAGAAAAGAUGAGUAAAUGCCAAAAAUCAAGUUCUGGUGAUGGCAGCCGUAAAGUCGAUUCGAUAAGCAUAGAUUUAAUAAAAGUUGACAAAACAACACGAAGAAAAGUCAAUAAAGAGCAUGCGGCUCAAAGUGGGUUAUCAAGUGCCAGUAAAAGCAGCACAAACUCAAGGCGUACUGUAAACUGGUCUAUAGAAGAAAAAUCUGACCUUCUUGUGAUGGUAAAUGAACACAGAGACAAAAUAGAAUCCAAGAAACGUGAUAAAACGACUAGAGCUUGGAGACAAGAAGCCUGGGAAAACAUCGCAACACAAUUUAAAAGUCAGCAUCCAACAUUUACCCAUCUCAAAACACAAGGUAUUAUAGAACAAUACCAAAGACUAAAAAGUCAGGUUAAAAAACAGCUGACACAACAAAACGUGUCUACAGUCAGUGGUGAGACCGGCAUUGACAAGUCAAUAGUGAAACUCAUGUGUGAUAUAUGUCAUGAGGAAUUUAAGGAAGUCAUGCCUGCAUAUCAACAUAAUGAAGAAAUGACAUCAGUAGAGCAUGAUGAUGGAAAUACUGAUAUUGCAGAGAAUGAAAACAAUGAAGAGGAUUACAUAGAUGUCACCGAACAUCAGGAAAAUGCUGAAGUAAAUGAAUUGGAAAUAGCAGCUGAUGACGACAUGGAAGUGACAGAACAUGAACAUUAUAGGACUGAACAACACAUUUACAGAGAAGAUAACCCGGACACACACUUCUCCGCAAUUGACUCGAAUUACAUUUCGGAGUUACCACCCCUUACACCAUACUACAGCACCAGUCCCGUACAUUCCCUGUCUCAUCAAAUGCCCGAACAAACUACAUCGUUAUACCAUGGGCAGGAAAAUGUACAAACGUAUUCAAGUUCAGUUUUAGAGAAUAACUUACAAGAAGAAAUAACCACACAUCCAAAUAGUCACGAUUUUCAAGUUGACAUCAUCGCUGAACAAACAGACUAUUCGUCGCACCGACUGCCUACAGCAAGACAACAAAAAAACCGUCAAACUGUAGUAUCUAGACCUAAUCUUAAAAGGAAGAUAAUGCCUUAUAUAAGAUCACAAGCUUCAAAACGAAAGCUCGAACAAGAGGAAAUCAAAUUAAAAAGAGAAAAACAACAAGAGGAACUGAAGUUGGCCAGGGAGAAACAAGCUGAAGAAAUAAGGAUGGCCAGAGAAAAACACGAGAUGGAGAUGGAAAUGUUGCGGUUAAAAAAACAAUGUCUGGAACGUCAGUUACAACAGGCGGGUAACACAUCUGGCAUCUUUACAUCAUCACAAAAUGUGUUGGAUGGUGACGGUGCAAGUUACUUGUCACUACAGUAA